AUGGCAGAUUCCAGCUGGCGAAGAUGUCCUUUCUCUUGUUUGUCUUCGCAGGUCAUCUUCAAAGUCAAGUGUGCGGCUGAAUUCAACAAAUACAAAACUGCCUUAUACACGGGCUCCGUCGUCACCAGCCUCUUCUUCACGUUUGUGAACUUAACGUGUGCGUUAUCGGUCCACGAGGACGCUCCGGAGGGCCAGCUGAGAUGGGCGGUGUUCACCCAGGCGUUCCUCAACGACGGCCUCUUCAUUCUCUGUGCCAUUUUGCUGGCCUACUGCAUGUGCCGGCUGGCCAAAAUGUCCCCAGCAAACGUCUACCUCGAGUCCAAGGGCACCUCCGUCUGCCAAGCUCUCCUUGUUGGUUCUGUGGUCAUCCUGUUAUGCUCGUCGAGGGCCUUCUAUAACUUGGUGGCAGUGGCUGUCUCCCCGGACCACCUGCCCAAUCCCUUCAACUAUGGCUGGGACAACCUUUUGGAUCAGGCUCGAGGGGAGGAAAUCAGCACCGAGGAGUACGUGGUCUUUGGGGUGGUUCUUUUCCUCUGGGAACUCGUGCCAACCGUAUUCGUGGUCCUGUUCUUCCGAGCGCAGAGGCUGGGGCAGAACUUGGCGCCUGCUGGAAUGAUCAACAGCCACAGCUUCAGUUCCCGGGCAUACUUCUUUGACAAUCCCCGGCGAUACGACAGCGAUGACGAUUUGCCGAGGCUUGGGACAGGAAGAGAAGGAGGAGGAAGCUUACCUACUCCCCAAAACUCUGGCUGGUACGGUUCUCUGACGGAGAGCGAUAACGGCGUCGUGGUACCUCCCUUGAGCGCGUCCAGUGUGGACGCCGCUCCUCUUCUCUUUGAGCACGGGGGCGCAGCAUCGAAGAACCAGCACAACUUUCACCUGACGCCCCAGAACUGACAGUGGCGCCUCUCUCGGCGGUGACUCCAGCAGGGGCGAAGGAAGACUGACCCUGCUGCGACCCAUAAGGUUUGAAAUCUGGGACCAGGACUCGAAGACUCCGAGCCAGCUGCCGCCAGAAGGUGCCCGCAGCAACGGAAACGAACACUGGCGCACAAGUCUGUAGAUCUGUGUGUCGGGGUGGACCGAGCAGGAAGCCGGCUUGGCGACUGAGCUGCCUCCUGGAUGGAUGUUUUGCACUUUUUAAACGGAGCCUUUGCGAGGCACAAAAGCUUUUCCUCCAGUCCUUUUCUGAGAGGGGACGACUGUUCAGCGGUACGCUCUUGUUUGCACAUCCGUGGCUGGGAAAGGCAAUUUUUGUCUUCCUCGGGGGGACGGGAUCACCUCUGCGUAUUUACUGGUGAAACUUUUUUUCUCGGAUUGGCCAGGGGCGGCUCUCUCUCUCUGCUUUUGGUUUGUACUUUUAAAUUGGGGGGGGGGGGGUACCACCAAGAAUGCUAAUAUUUUGGGUGCCAUAUUCUCACCAGGGGGAUUUCACUUGCCGUUACAACAUCCUAACAGUUGUGCUAUCCUGGGACCGUGGGGGUGGGGAAAGACACGCCCUAAUUUUGCGCGACUGAAUAGCAGGUCUCUUCCUAGCACCUGGCUUUCUGAUUUACUAACAACGGGUAACCUGCAAUCCCGUAGUAUUUUUCAGUGGAUCUAUGGCCGCUUGUUAUUUCCGCGAGUCUGGAAUGAAGUGGAUCGGUUCAGUGGCCGCGAAAGCUCGCCUUCUUCCGGAGCUGGGAAAACAUCUAGUUCAGGAGUGAAAGUUCAUAACGCCACUUCCUUAUGCAGACACGUAGCUGCGAUGGAGGAGGGGGGGAGGCAGGGUCACGGGGGGGGGGAUGACAAAUUGCCCCCGCAUCCCCCCCCCGCCCCUUACUGAAAAACUCCAGGCUGAAAAAGCGUCCAGUUCAGGCUGAGAAAGCCACUGUCCUUAUGAGAGGCUGGCUGUCAGGGUGGGGGGUGAGAUCAAAAGGGGGAACAGCAGAGGGGAUACCCAAUGAGGGAAUACCCCGCCUCUUGCCACUCAGGGAGUAGCCUGGAAUAUCUACAGUACAACCAUUACUGAUCACAGGGACCUCAGAAAAGCACAGUUAGGAAAGUGGACAGCUGGGGACGGAUCCUGCCGGACAAAUGAUCGCGCCUAGAAUAGAAGGGCGUUCAUCCCCUGCCUGUAGGUCCCGGAACCCAGAACAAGCUUCCUAUGAACCCGAGCCCCCCGCUCCCCUCCCCCCCGGGAUGGCAUUUUCUGGAUCGACUCGCACAGAACACGCCAACCUGGCCGUGAAUCGCCCGCCGCUCCCGGGUGCGGUUGCCUGUUUCGUGUUGUUAAGCCCGGGGAGGGUCCGAACCGUGUUCCGCUCUUCAGCAAACUUGCAGGCCAGAACGCAGCUGUUGAGCCAACUGACAUGAGCGCGCAUUUGGAACUCAGAGCACUCUUGCCCGUGCGUGCAUUUUUAAGCAUCUGGAAGCUACUCAGUAAACGGGGGAGCGGCUCCCGUUUUACCCCGUCCUCAAAUCGAACCAAGGGUAUAUACCCGUGGUGGCGAAC